AUAAUGGAGUAUUUGCCAACGGAGAGCGUGCUGAAGAUCCGUUCGUCAGCCAUAGAGGCUGUGAGGAAGGAGGUGAACCUGCACAGACCUGGAGAGAUGGAGGAAGCAGUCAGGAUCCUGGACGAGUGGAUACACCAGCAGCCGCAUUAUAUUUAUAAGGAAAUACCGAAGCCCUACCUGGAGUCCACGAUCGUCACCAACAAGGGUUCGGUGGAGAAGUCGAAGGCUAUGAUCGACAAGCUGUGCACGCUGCGGACCCUCAUGCCGGACCAGUUCCAACCGCUGGACGCGGAGAAGGCCCUUAAGGCUGUUAGAGACAUCGCAUACAUGUGUUUCCUCCCGCAGCAGACGGAGGACUACCACAGGCUGAUCGUCAUCAAGACCACGGUCUACACCAAGGAGCUCCUGCAUCUGUUUUACAAGGCCAGCUACAUGAUAGUGGACUACGUGCGGCUGUACGACUACCACGCGGGCGUUGACGUCAUCUACGACCUGACUGACAGCGACGUCAAGGAGGCGCUCUCGGUCAUCAACUUCAUGGAGUUCAAAGACUGCUAUGAGAUCAUCAAUCACAGCUACUCGCUACGGGUGAGGCGAUACAUAGUGAUAACCCCAUCAAAAUGGGUCGAGCCGCUAGUGAACGUGUUCAAGACAUUCAUGAAGAAGAAGAUCGCUGACCGCAUAAUGGUGCUGAAGGACCACACUGAGCUGUAUCAGUUCUACACCAAGGAUAUACUGCCGAAGGAGUAUGGGGGGGAUGAGAGAUCUCUGAAGGAGUUGCAAGACGAGCUGUUCGGGCACGCAGCAUCACCCAAGCACCGGGAGUUCAGGGAGAAGCUGUUUGAAGCUCGGACGGACGAGACCAAGCGCUCGCCGGACGCGUUCAGCGAGCUAUAUGCCGGCACUACCGGCACCUUUCGAGCGCUUACCCUGGACUAGGAGUUGGCAGAUGUUGGCACAUUCCGAGGGCUUAGCCCGGACUAGGAGUUUGCAGAUGCUGAUGCUGGCACCUUCCGAGCGCUUACUCUAGACUAGGAGUUGGCAGAUGCUGGCACCUUCUGAGCGCUUACUCUGGACUAGGAGUUGGCAGAUGCUGGCACCUUCUGAGCGCUUACUCUGGACUAGGAGUUGGCAGAUGUUGGCACCUUCCGAGCGCUUACUCAGGACCAUGGGUUGGCAGAUCCUGGCACCUUCCGAUCGCUUACCCUGGACUAGGAGUUGGCAGAUGCUGGCACCUUCCAAGCGCUUACCCUGGACUAGGAGUUGGGAGGUGCUGAGGUGUUUAAAGGAAUAUUUUGAAGAUGCUGCCAUUUUCUGGACACUUACCUCUCUAAGUUUUAAGAAAUUAGUCAAUAUUGGCACUUUAACUGUAGCUGUAAGCUACGUAAUAAUUAUUUAGUAAUCUAUGAUUUAACUGCCGCACCCAGAGAAGUUACGUAAUAUGAUUGGUUAGCUUUAAUUU